AUGACAAACUUCAACAUCGCCAUCACCUCGGACAACGUCUGCCCGUGGUGCUACGUCGGCAAGAAGAAGCUGGAACGCGGCAUCUCCCUCUACAAGGCCGCGCAUCCUGCCUCCGACGACAAAUUCACGACGACAUGGCUUCCGUUCUACCUGAAUCCCGCCGCGCCCAAGAUCGGCGUCGACAAGCGUUCGUACUACAAGUCGAGAUUCGGCGAUGAGAAGGCGGCGAUGAUCAUCGAGCGCUUGGCCGCCGUGGGCAAAGGUGCUGGGAUCAAUUUCAGCUUUGGAGGCAAGACUGGCAACACGAGGGACAGUCACCGUCUGGUCGAGCUGGGGAAGACGAAGGGCGCAGAAAUGCAGACGAGGGUUGUGGAGGAGUUGUUCAAGAGCUAUUUCGAGGGAGAAGGAGAUAUCACAAGCCAUGACAUGCUGAAAGAGGCAGGUGUGAGGGCUGGCUUGAAAGAGGCGGAAGUGAAGAGUUGGUUAGAGAGCGAUAAAGGAGGAGAGGAGGUGGACAAGGAGGUAACAGAAGCGCAGACUCGCGGUGUGAGUGGGGUGCCGAACUUCGUGUUGCAGGGAAAGUACGAAAUUGGUGGGGCACAGGAUGCAGAGGCAUUCGUGAAGGUGUUCGAGAGGGUGAAGGAGAUGGAGGAGUCAUAG